UAAGUUUGUGUCCCAGUUCUACGGUCUUUUUCCAUGGAAUGAAAUAAAUUAAUUCGUAUUUGGUACUAAUAGAUAUAGAUAAAUAAAAAAUUCGUUAAUUACCUAACGUAUAAAGUAAUCAAUCGACAGUGAAACACAAAGUCUCGUUUUUGUCUGUUACUGUCUGAUUGACUCCAGUAAUAGUAUAUCACACACAUUCAUUCUCUCUCUCCCUCCCGAACUCUCAGGCUUUCUCUUUAAUUCCUCCUCGUUCGAUGAACUUUCUUGUAGAAACUGGAUCCAUUUGAGAAAACCCAUUUCAAAUCUAUUCACUUUUUCUCAUUUCUAUGCAUUUUUUAAGAAAAUUGCAUUCCCCUUGAAGCUCCAGAGAGAAGAAAAUGAGAGACUUUCCUUCUUGCUCCGGCGAAAACGGCGUUCAGGUUGCAAAUUCUCCAUCCUCCACCGCCGGAAAAACAGCUCAGAAUCUUGUCAUUUGCAUCUACCGUUGCCGCAUCCGUGGCAAGACUUGCUUGAUCACUGUCACAUGGACUAAGUCUCUGAUGGGUCAGUGUGUAACCAUCGGAGUCGAUGAUUCUUGCAACACAAGUCUCUGUAAAGUCGAGAUUAAGCCCUGGCUCUUCACUAAACGAAAAGGUUCCAAGAAUCUAAGUAAUAUUAGUGUCUUCUGGGAUCUCUCCUCUGCUAAGUUUGGAUCCAGCCCCGAGCCUUUAGGAGGGUUCUACGUAUGCGUGGUUGUUGACAAAGAGAUGACUCUUCUUCUCGGUGAUAUGAGGAAAGAAGCUUUUAAAAAAACUAACGCUGCACCGUCUUCAUCUCUCGGUGCUGUGAUUAUGGCUAAGAGAGAGCAUGUGUUUGGUAAGAGAACGUUUGAAACAAAAGCUCAGUUCUCGAACGAUGGCAAAACGCAUGAUCUUGUGAUAGAAUGUGACGUGAGUGUUUCUGAUCCUUGUCUCGUUGUUCUUGUUGAUGGGAAGGUCUUGAUGAAGGUGAAGCGGGUUCAUUGGAAGUUUCGUGGUAAUGAUACGAUGGUUGUCGAUAGGAUCUCUGUGGAAGUUAUUUGGGAUGUUCAUAGUUGGUUCUUUGGUCUGCCGUCGUCACCGGGGCAUGCUGUGUUUAUGUUCAGGACUUGUCAACAACCUGUUGAAAAGACUUGGUCGUUUUCGCAACAGGUUCCAACGAGCUCGAAGUCUCAGAGUGUUGGGUUCUCGUUGGUUCUGUACGCUUGGAAGAACGAGUAGAGAAUAAGAAGAAGAAGUUUUGAGAGUUCUUUUGUUUUCUCUUGAGUGCUAACAAAAGAUUUUUAAAAAGGAACUGUUGAUUCUUCUCAAUUGAUUUUAUCAUAGGAUCGUCAGAAGAACUUGAUCUUGGUAUAUAUCAGUUUCAUGUCAUAGUUUCUACAUGACACUUGUAAAGACUCUUGUUCAAAGUCAGAUUGCUUUGGUCCUGUAUCAAGAAACCAAAUGUCCAGAUACUAUGUUUUGGUCUCCUGGUAGCAUAAUGUUCUUUACUAGGA